ACGCGCUCGGCGGCGGGUGCGAGGAGGAGGCGGUGGUGGCGGCGGCGGAGGAGGAGGCGGCGCGGCCCCGCCCCGCAGGAAACGGUGCUGCCCGGGCCGCGCUUCGCCGAGAGGGCGGGCAGCAACCGGGAGAGGAGACAGACCGCGAGGGGGUCCGCGGAACCGCCGCCUCCCUCCGCUCUGCCAACCGCAGGAACGCACGCUCCGGCAGGGCACCGGCUGGGAGUCCGGAGCGGGGCAGCCCACUCCUCUCCCUACAUCCUCUGAGGCGGGAGCGCCCUCGGCGGGCGGCGGGGUAACCGCUUCCCUCUGCCCGCCGCCCCUUUCCAGCGGGAGUCGUGAUCCCUUCGCCGCGCCUCUUCUCCUCAGGCUCCGUCCCGAGCAGGGAGCCUGGCACUUGUUGCUGACGCGAUGGUCACCGGCCCGGCCGAGUAGGCAGGGACCGCUGAGCCCGCCGCGGGAAAGCACCGCUGCGGCUGCCGUCGACGGCCCGGCCCCUUCGGGGGGAACCGGGGGGGUUGUUUCCUCUCAGCGCCCGGUGGCGACGGCUUCCCAGGCGGCGUGAGGACUGCCCUCGGCCCUCGCGGGGAUCGCGCCCGCAGGACCCCCCUUGCCCGCCCCGGAUGGUGACGGCGGGCUGAGGGGGCACCGCCAGACGCCGCCCGCCCCUCGCUGCCCGCGCCUGGCCUCCCUCGGCAGGAGCAAAGAUGUCCUUCUUCAACUUUCGGAAGAUCUUCAAGCUGGGUGGUGAGAAGAAGAAGAAACAAUACGAGCACGUCAAGAGGGAUUUGAACCCUGAGGAGUUCUGGGAGAUUAUAGGAGAGCUGGGAGAUGGUGCUUUCGGUAAAGUGUUCAAGGCUCAGAACAAAGAAACGAAAGUUCUGGCUGCUGCGAAGGUGAUUGAUACUAAAUCAGAAGAAGAACUUGAAGAUUACAUGGUUGAGAUUGACAUUUUAGCAUCCUGUGAUCAUCCUAAUAUUGUUAAGCUUCUAGAUGCUUUCUACUAUGAAAACAAUCUGUGGAUCCUGAUCGAAUUUUGUGCAGGUGGAGCAGUAGAUGCAGUAAUGUUGGAGCUUGAAAGGCCAUUAACAGAGCCGCAGAUCAAAGUGGUGUGCAGGCAGACACUGGAAGCAUUGAACUACUUGCAUGAAAAUAAGAUCAUCCACAGAGAUCUAAAAGCUGGCAAUAUUCUUUUCACAUUAGAUGGAGACAUUAAACUAGCGGAUUUUGGAGUAUCAGCUAAAAACACAAGAACAAUACAAAGAAGAGAUUCUUUUAUUGGUACACCAUAUUGGAUGGCUCCAGAAGUAGUAAUGUGCGAGACCUCUAAAGACAGGCCUUAUGAUUACAAGGCUGACAUUUGGUCUCUUGGCAUUACUUUAAUAGAAAUGGCUCAAAUAGAGCCACCUCAUCAUGAAUUAAAUCCAAUGCGAGUGCUUCUGAAAAUAGCAAAAUCCGAUCCACCUACAUUAGCACAGCCUUCAAAAUGGUCAUCAGAUUUUAAAGAUUUUCUGAAGAAAUGUUUGGAAAAGAAUGUAGAUGCAAGGUGGAGCGCGACUCAACUUCUACAGCAUCCAUUUGUUACUGUUACUUCCAAUAAACCAAUAAGAGAACUGAUUGCAGAAGCUAAGGCUGAAGUUACAGAAGAAGUCGAAGAUGGUAAAGAUGAGGACGAAGAAGAAGAAACAGAAAAUUCUCUGCAGUUACCUGCAGAGAAGCGUGCAUCCUCUGACCUUAGUAUUGCCAGCUCUGAAGAGGAUAAGCUUUCACAGAAUGCCUCUGUUCUGGAAUCUCUUUCUGAGAAAACAGAAAGUAAUGCAAUUGAAGACAAAGCCAGCACGAUAUUUCCAGAUGACAAAACAACUGGAGAUGAAUCUGAGGACAUUAGGAAAACGGCUGAUAACAUACGUAAUACCACUGUUGGUGAUAGGAAAGUGCAGAAUGGUUCUGUGCCAACUGGUGAAGAUGAGCAAGGCAAAAUAGUGCCAGCUGAAAAGAGUACAGAAAGCCUGGAAAAACUACAUGAAGAUAUGGAACCCCAGAAAGGAGGGAAAGAACUUGAUGUGGUAACAAAAUCAGAAAUAAAGGAUGAACCCCACCUACAAACAGAGAAAGAGAAUGACAUGGUAAAUGAACAGACAGAAGAUAAUAAACUGAAAAUAGUACCUACAACUGAAAAUAAUGUAGAAACUGAAGAAGCCAUUUCUAAUGAAACUGGUGAAAAAGAAGAGAAGGAGAGCAGAACAGAUCUCUCUGAAAGUAAGGAAGAAAAGGUCCCUGCAGAAAAUGCUACAGAGCAAAAGGAAGAUGAAGAUGAAGCUCAGAAAAAGGCUGAAAGAGACACCACUACAGAAACUCUACCUAAUGCUGCAGAUGAAGUGGCUGAUGAAGAAAAGGAACUAAUAAAGCAUGGAAUUGACAACAUUAAGGAGAUAGGUGGUAUUGCUGAAAUACAGAUCAGUGAUGGGGAUAAAAUACCUGAGCCGGAGGAUAAGCCAGUGGAAAGUCAGGCUAAGCAGGUCCACGAGAUAAUCAGCUCUGAAGAAACUGUAUCAGAAAGCCAAGAUAAAGUGAUCAAAGUAGACAAGAAACUGUCAGAAAGUGAAAAUGAGAAUAUUAGCAACAUAAGCAGCAUGGACAUCAAAGACUCUGGGAAAGAGAACGUAGAGCACAAGGCAAUACAGAGCAAGCCUGAGGAUAUGUCUGCUAAAGUGGAGGAUAAACUGACUGAUAUGGACCAAAAUUCAGAAGAGACCAGACCCGAGAAUAUCCAGGAAAGCAAUAUUCAGAUAGAUAAAGAACAUUCGGAAGUUACUUCUGAUGAAAUAAUGAAGAAUAAGCUUCAAGAUACUGUCAACGAACAAGCUGAUGAUUCUGAAGUCACUCCAGUCCCCAGUAUUAGUAUUAGCCCUGAAGAAAAACAGGAGGUCAAAACAGAUAAUCAAGACAAUACUGAAACGUUACAACAACCAGAAUCGGAGAAUUUGAAGGAAAAUGAUGCGGAUUCAGGCACUGGUUCUACAGCUGAUAACAGCAGCAUUGAUUUGAACUUGUCCAUUUCUAGUUUCCUUAGUAAAAACAAAGAGACAGGAUCGAUAUCUUUACAGGAAACAAGAAGACAGAAGAAAACUUUGAAGAAAACUCGGAAGUUUGUUGUAGAUGGAGUAGAAGUGAGCGUAACCACAUCAAAAAUAGUCACUGAAAAUGACUCAAAAAGUGAGGAAAUGCGAUUUCUACGGCGUCAAGAGCUGAGAGAGCUGAGACUUCUCCAGAAAGAGGAGCAGAGAGCCCAACAGCAGCUCAGUAAUAAGCUUUUACAACAGCGAGAACAGAUGUACAGGCGUUUUGAACAGGAAAUGACAAGUAAAAAGCGACAGUAUGAUCAGGAAAUAGAGAAUCUAGAAAAGCAGCAGAAACAGACAAUAGAGCGCCUGGAGCAGGAGCACACAAACCGCUUACGAGAUGAAGCAAAGCGCAUCAAAGCAGAACAGGAGAAGGAAUUGUCCAAAUUCCAGAACAUGCUGAAGAACAAAAAAAAGGAGGUUUUAUGUGAAGUGGAGAAAGCACCAAAAGAGCUGAGAAAAGAGCUCAUGAAACGCAAGAAAGAGGAGCUUGCACAAAGCCAGCAUGCUCAGGAGCAGGAAUUCGUGCAGAAGCAGCAACAAGAGCUGGAUGCAUCUCUGAAGAAAAUUAUUCAGCAGCAGAAGACAGAACUAGCCACUAUUGAACGAGAUUGCCUCAACAACAAACAGCAGCUCAUGAGAGCUCGUGAAGCUGCCAUCUGGGAGCUGGAAGAGCGACAUCUACAAGAGAAACACCAGCUCCUCAAACAGCAGCUCAAAGAUCAGUACUUCAUGCAGAGACAUCAGCUGCUUAAGAGGCAUGAAAAAGAAACAGAACAAAUGCAGAGAUACAACCAGCGCCUGAUCGAGGAGUUAAAGAACAAGCAAACUCAGGAAAGAGCCAGGCUGCCUAAAAUCCAGCGGAGUGAAGCGAAGACUCGAAUGGCAAUGUUUAAGAAAAGUUUAAGAAUCAAUUCAUUGGCCUCUCCAGACCAAGACCGUGAGAAAAUUAAGCAGUUUGCCAUUCAAGAAGAAAAGAGGCAGAAGAAUGAGAGAUUGGCUCAGCAUCACAAACACGAAAACCAAAUGCGGGACCUUCAGCUGCAGUGUGAAGCCAACAUCAGAGAACUGCAUCAGUUACAGAAUGAAAAAUGCCAUCUACUGGUUGAGCAUGAGACGCAGAAGCUAAAAGAGCUGGAUGAAGAACACAGCCAAGAAUUGAAGGAAUGGAGAGAGAAAUUGAGACCCAGAAAAAAGACGCUGGAAGAAGAAUUUGCCAGGAAACUGCAGGAACAGGAAGUUUUCUUUAAAAUGACUGGAGAGUCGGAAUGCCUUAACCCUUCAACACAAAGCCGGAUUUCCAAAUUCUACCCAAUCCCCAGCCUUCACUCCACUGGCUCCUAACUCCGGGAACUGCUGUAGGUUUUUUCAUAUUGGGAAUUCUCCAUCCUCAUCAUCUAACCCGACUGGAUCUGCGGUGUACAUCAAAGGACCUCACGCUCUUUAUUUUCAGUGGAGACAAUCAGUGUCGGGAUCCGUUUCUUUACUUCUCUGAGCAGAAGAAGAAAGUUCUUGGUGUAUGAUGGUAAUGUUGUGUCCUUCAGAUGUUUCAAGAAUAAGUGGGGGUUUUAUCUCGGUCUCAAAAAGACGGUUUUGACUUUAAGCCUAAAACAUUGACUAUACUCUUUCUGAUCACAAAAAGAAACGGUUUCUCAUGCGAACAUAUAUACGGUGUAAUAUUAGUUCUGCUACUGUGCUUUUCAGUGUCUGAUUUCUCCACGAGAGAAUUCCACAAUUGAAACUGCCGUGAGAGGUUUAAAACUCUAUAAUGCUGAGCAGUGUCUUCAUAGCAAGGACUGAAACUAAUUACUCAGAACAUGCUAAUAAUGAGAAAAAGAAACCCUUAUGUUUAAACCCGACUGGUAAAAGCAAAAGCCUUUGCAACCUCUUUGAAAAGAAACCUCUGGCAUGAAUUAAACUGAGCUGAUCUCCAUGACAUAUUUUGUCCAUUAGUUCCAUAAUGAAAUGGGGUGCUAGUUUAAUUAAUACAGUGCCUGAAACACUUAGAUAUGCUAAGCCUGGCAACAGGGUGGCGUUUCAUCAUUUAAAGAAACAAAAACUCCUUAGCAUUGUUGUUACUGUACAGAACAGAAGAUUUCUUGCUGCUACUGCCAUUUUUGUUGUAAAUCCUCACCCUAAAAUAUUUUGCACUAAAAUAUGUAAAGGUGAAAGAAAUGCUAACUUUAAAAAUGCACAGUUUAUUAUUUUUCCUUAGCUAUUCCAGGUGGUUAGUUCUACAAAUUGAACACUGUAGAAUGUAUUUUUUAGGAAGCGGUGUGCGAAACGCACGUGGUUUCUCUAACUGAACCUGCAAUGCGUAGAGCCAUUUUUCUGUUCUUACCAAAGCCUCUUCAUUUAAACUCCAUCGGGCAAGUGGAGCUGGGUGGUCAUAUUUAUAAAUACCCGUGGCUAAGUCUGAUUUGAUUAGAAGUUGUUAGAUUUGAUGGGGGUUUUUUUUUAGUCAUUUUAUUUUAUAGAAAGAUUUAAGUUAAAUAUAGAGACAAACUACUUUAUGAAGCUGGGUUUUUGCUUUUGUGUUGCCACGUACUAACAUAGGCAGGUUUUAUUUUUCAUAGAUGUACAAUAAGUUAUUUACCUGACUGAUCUGCAGUGGAAAAAAUCUGAGAUGUAGGGAAAUACAGCUCUAUCGGGUCACUUUUUUGGCGGUUAGAGGUUGAGUCAUGCCAAGGCAGUGUUACCAGCUGUACUUUGGUAUGGUGGCGUUCAGCUUGUGAAGUAGUGCUUGCUUUCUGUCCUUUGAGGCCUGACUUUUUAGGCUCUUUGGGUAUCAACUGUAUGCGUUCUGUUUUGCUGGCUUGUGUUAAACGUGCAACUGGUGACCGUUACAUGACGUUCAUUUCAUGGGAACAGUAUUGAUGCAUGUGAAUGAAGUCAUAAGUUAACAUAGGACUUUCAUCAGAUGUGGCUGAAAUCUUGGAUGCUGAAAUCCUGGGACGUUGAAGUGUCUUCAUUGACCUUCUCAAUGAAAACACUAAAUUUACAGCACAGGAGAAAAACAACUCAUUUGGAAAAUGCAUGUUUUAAUUUAAAUUUUGUAACUUUUUGAUAGCAUAAUUACUUUAUAGCUAGCCUUAAUUUCUGGCAUUUUAUUAUAUAACUGUGUAUUGUGUACUGUUGCGAAUUCACAUACCAUAUCUCUAGAAUGUUACCUGUUGCUAAAUGCAAAGUUCUUUCCAUUGUUCAUUCAGUAGGGUGAAAAGAGUCCUCGAAGGCCUUUUUAAGCUCUACCAUCAUAAAUUGACUGUUACUAAAAUAACAUUAAACAAUCUUCAUCUCUGUCUUUAACAGAGUUUGUUGGCAGUUUCGCAUGAAGUAGGCUCAGUGCUUUACGCGGGGAGCAGGCAGGGCAGGCAGAUUUCCCCUUCUGGAUUAUCUCUAUCUUCAUCCACAUUAAAUCCUCAGUGGGAAACGUUAAUCUUCUCCUUACACUUUUGGCAGUUCCAGCGAUAACUUGCUAAUACAUAUUGACAAACCGUUUACCUCCGUCUAAAUCUUUUAAAUCUUUUACUUGAAGACCCUUUUCACACCAGUCCCAGCAGCCUGGUCUCAUGGCGAGCUGUGAGUAUCUGAGUUCUGUGAUGGAGGGAAGGAUGGAAUGCAGCAGUAGUGGGUGCUGGGUCACGUCUGCAGGUGUGAAGCACUGUGGACUGUGCUGAGACCUGAUAGCAAGUGUGAAAAGGUGUUUUUCUAGGGGAUUACAGGAACUAGCCUGGGUACUUAGACAUUUAGACUGGUAAAAUUGGGUUUAAGUAUUGCAGAACAUGAAGCAGGUGUACAAUAUUGUAUCAAUGUCAGAAAAUUCAGUUCAAAUUAAUGUAGUCACACACAGGCCUGGAAGAGAUCUCCCGAGAUACAAAAUCCAAUCUCUUCUCUAUCACAUGUCACCUCCCUUUAAUAAAUGUUAGGAGCUCCAUCUCCACGGUAGUUAAGUGUGUUUUCCUCACCCAAAACAAUGCACUUUCUUACUCAAGUGUUCAGCAGAUCUCAUUUCCCCCCCCCACGCCCUUCAAAAGACUUAUCACAAAUCAGUAUUUGCUCCCAUUCGUGUUUUACUACAUCAUAAAUACUGUCCACAGGAAAAUGAACAAAGGCAGUGAACGUGUGGAUUGCAGUGCAAUAUAUUGGUUGGUUGUCCUCCUGUAUUUACAGCAGACUCUCACAAGAAACCCUGCCUGCAGGCCCCCAGCAUCUGACAGGUUCAGCCCUCACAACUUAUUCUUCCUGGGCUCUGAAAGCAGAUUUUGGCUCCUGCAAAGUCCCCUUUCUUGGGAUAGGGCCUCGGAAGUGCGGGAGCCACUGGCUCUACUCAUCCUGUUACUAGAACUCAGCUGUUUGCAGGAUGCUGUGCUAAUGCAGCACUGCUGGCAGCCCAGGGAGAUCUCUGGCUGGUUGAACCUCACGUGGUCUUGCUGCCCCUGUGCUUAGGAGGUUCUGCAUCUUGAAUAAAUUGGGCAUCUCGCCCAGACGGGGCUGUCUCAGGUGGGGUUACCAGGGAGGAGGAACCGGGCUGUGGGUCAGCCUUGGCCGCCUGGAGUCCCAGGGGAGCUUUGCUUCACUUUAGUGAAGGGGGAAUAUUCCAGCAUUUGUUCCUCUCUGAUUCCCGUAAAGCAAUUGUGUUUCUUUUUCCAAGCACUCUGCUGAAUACAUGAGAAGUGUGAUGGCAUGAAAAGACAGGACAUUGAGGUCAUUAUGAUUGAUUAAACAGAUCCUGAUUUAUUAACAGCUUCUGAAGGAAAACCUUUACUGGAAUUGACACCUGAAUUCAAGGUCAGAGGUGGCAGCACCGCUCUGUCCCGACCAGUGGCAUUCACUCACAGUGAUUUUUCACAUCACUGAAAAUACCGAUGCUCAUUCUGAGCAGCAUCCUUUUUUCCAGUGUUUCAAGCUAAUACUCUUUUAAAAUUACAUCCAUGGAUAUUCAUUAUCUAAUCCAUCACAUGGUUUCAAAAGUAUUCUUCUCUCCCAGAGGACUUUAUUAUAACUCCAUGCUACUGAAUUUGUAUUCUUAAUAAAUAGGAAACUUAGCACCUUAACUAAACCAGAGCCAAGCAAUGCAGUAGUGUAAUUACUACCAUCACACCACAAUGUCGUGUAUGACAGCAGUAUCACAUAGGAAGCUUAACUUGAUUCUCCACAUAAAUGUGUAUCUGCCUUGCAAGUAUUUCAAGGUCACUUUGGUAUAGGAAAGAUUUGUAUAGGAAAAAUAACACUUUUUUUUAAUUCAGGCCCUUAAAUCCAUGUUUUGGUAGCCUGAUUUUCAGAGCUGCUGUGCAGCUGCAGCUCAUUGCACCUCAGAAAUGCUCAUCAUGCUGAAAACCAGGGACCAGACUUCACUGUGUGAACAAGCUCAGUGCUGGUUGCUUCCACUGAGCUACUGCCCUUUGGUUACUCUGCCAUGGGGAAGGGGGACAAGGUUUUGAGGUCGGUGAUUCUGUGGUCACUGGAGGGAAGGGCAGGGAGGAGUACGUAGGAUGGUCAGUGUGUAGGUAAUUUUCUGCUUUUUGUGUUGGUAUUUACAAUCUGGUCAUUUUACUUCGAAAUCUGCACUUCUGGGUCUGUAGCUUCCUUGAGUUGGUAUGUCCAUGCACAUUUCCCAUUCCCAGACUACUUCUGUCAUUAUCACAGCAAAUGCGAAACAAGGUCAGAGAGCAUUAACCUUCUUCCUUCACAGGCAAGGAUGCCCUGUCACUUCUCAGUCUUACAAAAGAGAGAACAGAUAAAGGGAAGGAGAAAGCAAAAGAAACUUGACAGUGUUUCUCUAUAUUGUUUGCAGAGCUGUCAGUUGUUCUCCAUCCCCUUUCUCUUGCCUCAAUCCUCAUACUUCAUUUCUGUAGCUACUUCUGGCAUUAGGUGCCAGAGCAAUGAGACAACCCCUUAAAUAAGAACAUGCUCAGGACUAUGAAAGCUCAUGCAUAAGGGCUCCAGUGCUGCCACUGUACCAAAAGCAGAAGGGAGUGGCUGAGCCCAAAGAUGCUCUAGUUUUUCAAAGUCUCUUCCACAGUUCCCAAGGUAGGUGGUAAAGCCUCUUUCGUGCUGAUUAUCAAUCCUAAGAGGGUGGAAAGAAUGGAAACUAGAAAGGGACAUUGAGUGAAACCUGUAAUGUUGAACUCUCACACCCAUUUCCCAUAGGAAAGGCAAGCAGGGGGGUCUGCUGUGAUCAAGUGCACACGCCUGAGGCAUCCCUGCCUCGUGUUGUCCCAGCCAUUUGUUGAAUGUUUCGUGUUACCUGCAAACCAAGUUAAUUUUGCCUUACAGAAAGCAACCAAAAAUCAUGGGAUGGAUGUCUAACUGGUUCAGGGUCUCUGUACGUACAGCUCGUGGAAGUGAACUUGCAGUAGCAGCCAUACAACAGUUUUGGGUUGGUUUACUUUUUUGUCUUGUUUUUAAAAGUGAUUUGAUUUCAUGGCUUUCUGUAGAAUAUUGUAAUAAUUCUGCUGUAAAUACAAUAAAAUCACAGUUUGCUGA